UCUCCAUUGUGAGAUGCGGCCUGUGCAGAAGAGAGCCCGAGCGCAGCCUUCUGCCGUGCUCCGCUGAGGUGUGGAGCGGGUGCGAGCGGGAAAACUCUUUGGGUCGGCACGUCACGGCUUAGUUCGUCAAGGGAGCCAGAGAUGGCCGGAACAGAUCUGCGGAACGCAGGGAGUGACUCCAGUUAAGCAAAGAAACAAGCCAAUCAGCACACAGGCUGAAGGUAAAAACACCAGCACCUGGAUACAGGAGGAAGCUGCCGACGAUGUCUCCAAAGAGAGCGAAAGGGAGCGUCCCUCCGACUCUCGCACUAAGGAGGGCCUUCAAGAGUAAGGCUGGAGGGCAGCUGCAAAGUUUUGUGGAGGAGAGAGCGAACAAACCCGCACGUUGUGGGAGCAAGCGCAAGAACACCGCCCUCCCCCGGAAGACCUACACAGGAGAGAAGCCCAACGUCUGCAUCGAGUGCGGCAAGAGCUUCUCGCAGCGCUCGGAUCUGACCGACCACCGAAGAGUCCACAAGGGAGAGAAACCCUACCGGUGUCUUGACUGUGGGAAAGGCUUCUCCAGGAACUGGGAUCUGAGUCGACACCAGCAAAAACACCUGGAGGAGCGCGCCUGCAUUUGCACCGACUGUGGGGAAAGCUUUGCUGACCCGUCGGCUUUAGCCCAGCACCAGAGAGCCCACGUGGAGGACAAACCCUGCCAGUGCAUUGACUGCGGGAAGACAUUCCAUCGCAGCUCUCACCCGAAGCUUCAUCCGAGGGCCCCGCUGGAAAAGCCACAGGGGAAGAGCAGUCGGCGCGACAAGCCUGGCAAUGCUUUCAGGACCACCAGGAAACACAAAGGGGCAAAAGUCUCCAAAAGGCGGGCUUCCUCCGCCCUGGAGAUCCCCAACACCUGCAAGGAGUGCUGGCAGACUUUCAGCCAGAACUCAGACCUGGUCAAGCACAUGCGCAUCCACACCGGGGAGAAGCCCUACGCGUGCAACCACUGCGGCAAGUGCUUCAACGUCAGCUCCAACCUGAUCAGGCACAAGAGAAUCCACACGGGGGAGAAGCCCUACACCUGCUCCGACUGCGGGAAGAGCUUCACCGACAAAUCCACCCUCACCCAGCACAACCGCAUCCACACGGGGGAGAAACCCUACACGUGCACGUACUGCGGGAAAAGCUUCAGCCGCAGCUCCCAUCACAAGAGACACCAGCGAACCCACACAGGGGACAACUCCCUCUCGUUUCUUCCUCUGUGGCCUUACCCAACUCAGGCGUGUUGAUUGAAGCAUGUAGGAUGAAAGGGAUGCUGGGAAAGGAGACCGAAGGAGGAAGCUCAGGGGAACUGUGGCUGGAGGGAGGGAGCUUUGUAACUGGUUGAUGAGGGGCAGAUUGCUUCCUAAGCGGGGCGGGAAAGGAAAUUUGCCUAAUGAUGGUGGGAGAAUAACCAUAUAGUAGGUUAGUUAGGCCCUGACCUGGAUGGCCCAGGCUAGUCCGGUCGCAUCAAAUCUCGGAAGCUAAGCA